AUGUCGGCGAGCCUCGUGAGGGCGUCGCUGCCGUGGCGCUGCGGCACCGGCAGCACGGCCGCAGCCAUGGGGAGUACCCUGCGUUCUCGCCUGCGCCAGCCGGCGAGGCACGGCCAACGCGCCGGGCUCCGGUGCAGCGCCACGACGCCGCCGGGGUUCCCACCUGGCCCUUCGCCCGCCGAGGUGCCGGGCACGGCCCGCCCACCUGAAGAGAUGCCAGCCACGGCCCGUCCGCCGGAGGAGAUGCCGAGCAUCGACACGCCGCCGGAGUUCGAGCCACCGCCGCCGGGCGUGGACGUGCCGAUGCCGGGCGUGCCUCCUGGCCCGGAGCUGCCGGGCCCGUCGAUACCGUCGCCGCAGACGCCGGAGAUCCCGAAAGUGCCGUCCAACCCCGACAUCCCGCCGUGGUCGGCGCCGGAGGUCGACCCGCCGAAGCCGCCGCCGGAGGUCGUGCCGCCGCAGCCGUCCGACGUGCCGCCCCCCUUCGUGUAG